UUGGUGCCGGGGACCGGCGGCGGCCGGGAAGGGCGAGCGGCAAGCGGACCGUGCGCCCGACAGCCGGGCCGGGCGGGCAGGCCGGCGGAGGAGGCGGCGGGAGCAGGUGGGGAGCGGCGGGGCGGCCGCGGGUGCGGGCCCCAUGGCCGCGGCGCUCCCGCCGCACACACCCACCGCCGCCCCCCGGUGAGCGCCGCCGCCGCCCCUCGGGCUCGGCGCUGCCCGCAGCCGGGGCUGAGCGCGGCGGGAGCCGGGCCGGGCGGGCGGAGGCAGCAUGCAGGCGAGGCGCCUGGCCAAGCGCUCCAGCAUGGGCAGCCGGCGGCUGAGCGCGGGGCCGGGGAUGGCGCCGGCGGACGGGGUCCGGCCCCCCAAGCCCGACAGCGCCUGGAGGCCGCCUCGGCGGGAGGGCUCCGCCGCGGCGCUGGAGGAGGAGGACGAAGACGAGGACGUGGUGGUGGAGGUGGAGGAGGAAGAGGAGGAGGAGGAGGGCGGCCUGGGAAGCGCCCCCCCGGCACUGACCGGCCAAAGCAAGGGCCCCCUCCGGGGGAGCCUGAAGGCAGCCAGCAACAAGCGUGAAAUGACCUUCCCUGCAUUUCAACAGGAGGAUGUAAAAAAUGACAUCAGUCAGAAACUGCCAGACCAACAGUUUCUCCUGUUCACCACAAAGGAGGAAGAUUUAAAAACAGCAGAGACCAAAAAACCAAACAGAGCUCAUGAGUAUGAAAAGGAAAACACUCGUUCUGUUUGUCUUCUGGAACAGAAGCGCAAGGUUGUUUCUUCAAAUAUUGAUGUGCCUCCAGCAAGAAAAUCUUCAGAAGAACUGGACAUGGAUAAAGUAACAGCAGCCAUGGUACUCACCAGUUUAUCCACCAGCCCUUUGGUCCGCAGCCCUCCUGUCCGACCCAAUGAAUCCCUAAAUGGAUCUUGGAAAGAAGGAGGUUUUGUGCCUUCUAGUACCAGCAGCAGUGGAUACUGGAGCUGGAAUGCUCCCAGUGACCAGUCCAAUCCAUCCACACCAUCUCCACCUCUGUCAGCUGAUAGCUUCAAAGCUUUUCGGACACCUUCCCAGGCAGAUGAUGGUAUUGAUGAAGGUGAAACAAGCAACCUUCUCUUUGAUGAACCCAUUCCUAGGAAGAGAAAGAACUCCAUGAAGGUGAUGUUCAAAUGCCUGUGGAAAAACUGCGGGAAGGUACUGAGCACAGCUGCAGGGAUUCAGAAACACAUACGGACCGUUCACCUUGGACGUGUAGGAGAGUCUGACUACAGUGAUGGAGAGGAGGAUUUUUACUAUACAGAAAUCAGGCUCAACACGGACUCUGUAGCUGAUGGCCUAAGUAGUCUUUCCCCAGUCUCUCCAUCUCUAGCAUCUCCUCCUUCCUUUCCCACCCAAGAUGCAAUCCGUCCUGAAACUUCCUGUGCCAAAACUGAGACUAAAUUGGUGACACCUCUGAGCCGCUCAGCUCCUACCAACCUCUACCUCGUACACACGGACCAUGCUUACCAGGCCACUCCUCCGGUGAACAUUCCAGGGUCAACAAAAUUCACUCCCAAUGGCAGUAGCUUUAGCAUCUCUUGGCAGUCACCUCCAGUUACCUUCACCGGCAUUCCAGUCUCACCAACUCAUAAUCGUCCUGCAGGGAGUGGAGAGCAGAAACAGUCCCACACAGUUCUUUCAUCACCGCCUAGAGUAGCAUUUGGCUUGAGGAAGCCUAGAGGGGAGGGGAAAAAGUGUCGGAAGGUCUAUGGGAUGGAGAACAGAGAUAUGUGGUGCACUGCCUGCCGAUGGAAGAAGGCCUGCCAAAGGUUCAUCGACUAAAGAUUGAAAUUAUGCAGAGGAUUUGGGGAUGGGGGAGGACAACAGCAGAACCAGAUUGCUGCAGCUGCACUGUAUCACUUCCCAUUUUCCCUUCAGUGAUGUGGUGUCGGGGGUUUUGGUUUUUUGGGGUUCUUUUUUUAAAAGAGCUUUGUAUUUCAAACUGAAGCACUUGUAGCCAAGGAGAAGCACUAAUCAAAACCUGUGUGGAGCAAUAGAGAAAAAAAAGAAAAAAAAGAAAAAAAAAGGCAAAACCAAGAACAUACAACAAAGUUCUGUCUUACUAAGUAUGGAAACCAGAGCAGCUAUCAGUGUUUUUCUGUAAAAGAAAGAAAAAGUUAAAUAUUUUGCUAACUCUGUGAGCUACUUGCUCCUUAGGAUCAUUUUUAACUAUUUCAGUCUCUGUGCUGUGAAUGUCUGUAUUUGCUAAACUGAACAAUUUUUUUCCUGAAACGAAGAUCUCUUUUUGAAAGCUUUCUAAUAAACACUUCAGAGUUGUAUAAGCUACAGUUUUCUGAUCAAAAGCUGUACUAAGACUGGAGACUGCUAAAUAAUUCUCCUGAUACAAAUGAUCAUGAUUAUAUUUUUGGAAAGGGGAUGUGGGGAGGAGUUGAGAUUUUUGUUUGAUUGUUUAUAGGAGAAAAGCAAAGUCUGAACUUGCAAGGAGGACAAGCAGUGCUCCUGGAAGAUUUUUAAACCAGGCACAGACCAAUGGAGUGGAACAAAGUAAUUUAAGUACCAAAUUGGAUUUUGAUCCUCUAGAGAAGGAAAAGCAGCAAAGGAACUUCACCAGCAGAGAUAGUCACAAGAAGUUGAGGAAAGAAACCCAGUGAUGCUUGGUUGAAAUCCGUAAGAAUAUAAUGGGAGUCCUGUAGCUUUUCUUACUGCUCUCCCAUUCCUGAGGGAGGAUGAGCAGUUGGACCAGCAUGUCUGUUGCUGCAGGAGGCCUGUAAAGAACUGGUAAAUGCAGCCACUAGAAUUAUAUAUAAAAGCUAUUCAGGGACACAAUCCAGCCCAGCAGUUCUGCUCUUGCUUCCUUUUCUUGUAUUUGAGAGAUUGUUGUUAAGAUAAUGGUUUGCUCAGCUUCCCCCCUCCCCACCCCUUAAAGUUGCUAAGGUUUAUUUGAUGCAAAAAGUUGUUAGAGAAAAGAAAAUACUCCCUUUCUACAUCAUCUCAGAAAAAAAGAGGUUCAACAGCAAAGGAGCAACAUGUUUAUGGUAAAAGUCCAUCUCUUCACUAAUUUUAAUGUGUGAAUUAACAAGUUUCUCUGCUUGCAGUACUCAGAUAGAUUUGGGUGCUUUAGUUUCUCUGUCCAUUAGAAAGUAUACACUGGAAUGUGGCAAGCUGGUGUUCUGUCUUAACCUGUAUUGAAUUACCAUAAAUUAACCAUUAUUUCAAUGCAAAAAUAAUUAAGGAUUUAUUCAGUUAUGAAUAUGUGUGGUUAAACAACACUUGCCUGCUUAAAGAAAACAAGACACCUUAUAAAAAAAAUCCAAGGCAAAAAAGCAAAUUUUUCCUAUUAAUAGAGGCACAGAGGCCCACAAAUUCCUGGAUUUUAUUUUUUUGGUGCCAUUUCAAAUUAGACCAGAUUUUUUUAUUUGAAUUGUCUAAGCUGGCUCAUUCUCCCUGAAAUCAGGGGACUCUUAAAUAUCUAAACAGCUUUCUAAAAUGGGAGUCCAAAGUCCAUUUGAUAGCUUUAUUAAGCGUGCAUUGCUGCUUAUGCCUGUGUAAAAGCACAAAAUAACAAUGCAGCUGUUUGGAAUAUACACGAUGAAUGUGGUGAAGUAGUACUGAGAAAUAACAUUUCUAAUAGGAGCUACUGAAGGUUAUCAUCUGAUUUACUUUGGAACAACUUAAUUGGGCAAUCAGAUGCCUAAUUUGAGCAUGCUAUUUCUGCAGUUUACAAAUGUGUAAUUUACAUGCACAAGUGGCAAGAUACGCUUGCAUGCACACAAUUGCUUGAUUUUUUUGUCCAAUUGUGUUUUCUAAGUCAUUUAAAAGAAAAAAAAAAUAAUACUCUGAAAUCUAGUAGAACCCUGCAAUAUGCACACAUACAUGUGUGUAUCAGUAUUUAUAUAUAUAUAUAUAAAAUUAUAUAUUACAUAGUUUUAUAUAUGUAUAUAAAACAAAUCUGGGCUCAACAGGGAGGAGAAAGAUUGUUUUUUAUAAAUACAAAACCCAAGACACUGAAGAUCAGUGGAUAUACACAGCCACUGUAUUACCUUCUUUCCUCUUAUUAAAAUGUGGGUCAUGGAUUUUCUUUGCAUGUUGUGUUUUUUCAGUUUCCUUGGUAAAAUACUUCAUAGUAAUUCAUAGGAAUUUCAUCUUCGAACACUGAGCUUGCUGAUGGUGUAUUUACUUUGAUAGAAAUUAGCAAAUUUUGGACUUUUCCAAGAUACUCCCACCAGUUUGUCCCCCUCUCCCCCCAUUUUUACUCCAAGACUAAAGAGUUCCAUAAUUCAUUUGACUAUUGUUAAACUGACAGCAUCUGCCUGUAUAUUUGUUGUUCCCUCCCUUUUAUAGUUUCCCUUUUUGCUUUGGAGGACUUUUUGAAAAUAAUGUAUCAGAUUGUAUAUUGUUUCUAUAAUGUCAUGGCAUUGUGAGCACCUUUCCCAAGGGCACUUUAUGAAUUAUUGUAAUAAGAUUUUAUAAAUUUCUGCAUGGAAGAAUGAUUUUGUUGCUAGACCAGACAGCCCUCUGGUAUAAAUGUGGUAUGGGCUACAUACAGGCCCAAAAGCCAGAAAUCAUCAAAACAGGAUAGAAAAUCGGUUGUUAACAAAACAGAGGACAGAAGAUACUUGAUAAAUCCUGCCAGGACAAAGCUAAAUUACCAGCAUAUUUACACAGCCUUUAAUCAGCAGUUUUACAUUAAAUCAGUUUUGCAUCUUACAGCUGUGGCAUUUUGAUUCAAAGGUAGGACUCCUCGAGUUACGGGGUCUCAACCACGGCCAGGGAUAGCAAGAGGGCACGGCCAUCUGGACCUGCAUAAUCAGUCGCUUUGUGCCUGGGACUCAGAUUAUUUCAUGUCAAGAGCAUUUCAGGGCCCUCUGAGAUCCCCUUCGCCCUCCUGACACCCCCAGCAAGAACAGAAAUGUCAGCAAAGCCUUUCUGGUGCUGGCAGUACCAACUGUAAUCUGGAAUAACCUCUUCCAUUUUUCAGCCUCUUGUUUCAGAGCUGCAUUGCUAUACUUCUAACAUCUGAAUCAUCUGGCCUCUCUGAAAGAGUUGGAUUUCUUUGUUUUCCCAAGGAAGAGCUAGCCUGGAUUCUGUGGUCAUUUCUCGUUGUCAUUACAUGUCAUUUCCCCUAGUUUUGGUCAUUGUCUCUGACCUCCUGGAGCAGUCAAAGAACAGCUGGAGGCAUCAUGCAGUCUCUGUGUGCUGCAGAGAUUUGGAGGUGGGAUCAUUUCUGUUAAGAAACGGAACUUCCUUCUGAGAUACAAAAAUGGAAGGAUCUGUUUUACUUGGUUUCACCAAUAACUAGUACCAAUGCUGGUAAGAGAAAUUAACAACAUCAGGAUCAGCAUGGAGAUAACUGUAGAGAACCCACAUAUUUUUCUUCAGCAGUUAUCUUGCUCUGACAAAGCUAUUUCCCACUUCCCUGUUUGCCCCAUCUCUCAAAGCGUCUGGAAAGGGAGAUAAUUUUAGAAGUGGGAAGUAUUAAUAGCAAUUUUUAGAAUGUGACUGUGCUCCAGCUGCUCCCAUGUGAAGAUAUUGGACAUUACAGACUUAGAUCAUCUUAGUCGUAAAAUGGUUUCCACCCAAAACAAUGUGCCUGAUUCUCUAGUGCCUUGCACAAAUGUAACAGGAUACUCAAGAUGCAAAGUGAGCAAAAACUCUUCCAUUCCAAUUUGCAAGUUUCCACUUUUUAACCAAUACCAGUUUUCAUAGAGCAGGUAUCUUUUGCCAUGUAAACCAGACCUGCUUGUGUGAAUAAGCUGAGCAGAAUGCCUGUCUGUUGAAUUACUUCUUCCACGUCAUUAGCCUGGUUUGAAUGUUAGCCAUCUAAUGAUCUACGGAUUCUUUGCACCCUUUCAUCAUCACUGGCAUCACUUUCUUUAUCCCUUCUCCCCUUCCUUCUUUUAAGGUGAUGACUAGGGCAGGCAACACAACAGGAGGCAAGGCUUUAGCCAAAAGUACUUGUAGAACCUGCAUGUAAGAACAGAUUCCAGGUCCAUGCAAUAUCCCAGAUGUCCUUGUCACUGACUUUUUUUUUUUUCACUCAUUCUCAUCCAGUGAGUUGGGAUGAUUUUCUGUUUCUUGCUAUAGUCUGGGACCAGUUAUAAGGGCCCUGCUGGGAAUUCAGGACAACCACUCUUAAGUGUGGCAAUACAAAAUGAUUUCUUUCUUCCCCUGCCUGUAAAUACUUUGAAACCAUCUCAGAAACGGGACAUGAAAUCAGAAGCUUGCGGGCCAUGUGCAGAGACAUAAGAGGUUGCCAGUGAGGCUUGUUUCUGUUGGUUCAAACAUCAGUCAUCUGUUGCAAAAAGUUGUGCUGCACCUUUUCUUAGAAAUAUUUUGAUAAGGAAAUGUUUGUAAAGUCUAAUCUUGGUCCUACAUUUUCACUUUAUUCAAUCUUCCUGAAGGUGGUAGCACUGAAACUGAGUCCUCUUUGGAGUAUGGGAUUUAAUCUGUGUCUGUCAGGAUUUUUUCUGGUAACCCAACCGUGGGUUGUUGCAAAGCAUCAGAGCAUAGAUUUUUGUUCUACUGUAAGUUCAGGAGAGUUUUAUGGCACCUUCAGCAAAAUAGCUAGAAAGUAAGUAAAGAGCAAAAAUUAAUCAAGCCGAGGGUUUAAAUACAUUCUGUAUCUGCCAGGUGUAAGAAGCCCUUGUCUGUAUCUGUGUGAAGCUCAAAAAGCUUCAAGAUUGCAGGAAAGAGCCAGGUACACCUGUAGUUGAUAGUGCCCCCUUGAGCUGUUUUUUCUGUCUUAGACAGCAGUGCUUUUGCACUGGCCACACUCCCACUUCCAAAUGCAAAAUUAAAGAUGUGUAUCUUCUACUUGCAGAUUUUUGAGUUCAUUCCUCAAGACAAAAAACACUAAUCAUGUGCUUUGUACUUCACACAGACCAUUUUUAAUAGCAACCCAGAAAGACCCUGAAAACAGAAACCAGUCUGUUUCUGAUGGCACCAAGGAACAUAAAAUAUGGUUUGCUCCUGUGCUUGCUCAUACUCUCAGCAGGAAUUCAUUUGGCCAGUCAGCUGAUGAAAUGUAAGGGAAUGGAUAAAUUUAGUAACAAGCCAGUGUUCUGCUUUUAACACAUCUUAGCACCAAUAAUUUUUUUUCCUUCCAUGUCUUAAUCUGAAUGUGAGAUCUCUAAUAAACCCUUGAGGGAAAUUAAUUUAGCCAUAGAAAUGCUGUUUCAGCUUUCCUGUUACUUGGACAUAUACAUAAUAUUAUACUGACAAGAUAGGGUUUUAAGGUUAAAUUUGAAUUCUUGAUGUAAUUCAGUGCUAAAGAUGGGCUCAAGCAUUUUAAAAUGUUUGAAUGUUGCCAUUUGCCAACACUCUUUAAAAAAUCUGGUUUUACUUUGGACUCCUUAGUGUGUUAUACCCUGCAGCAUUAGUUUAUGAUAUGUAAUGGUCAGAUAAACAAAAGCUAAUAAAAUGUUUGUAAAAAACUGCCUUGGAGAGUAAUACAGAUUUCCUGAGGGAACAUAAGGGGGCUGUAUAGGCAGGAUGCAGGUUUAUUUGAAUAGAAGAUGGCGACGAAAUUGAUUUUUUUUUCUGUUUGAGGGCAAAAUUUGAAGAGCAAUACGUCACUACUUGAAUUAUUAAAUUAGAAGGAAGCACUGAUUUGUGAACAUGGCCUUACUUAGUGUUAUAAUUUAAGAAGUUCCAAAUAGGAAAAAACCCAACACCUUAGAUGAUAAAAAAAAUACAGAAAAUGAGCUUGAACCAUAAUCUAUUUGUUAUAUAAAUCUAUAAAUUUGCUUUAAUCUUUUUAGGAUCUUUUCAGGCUUCUUGUUGAUACAGUGGCUUGGUCAAAGCAUACUUGGUCUCUAAUUAGGUUACUAUGUAGCAAAUUGCUACAGCUAGCAAAGUCAUAGUAUGUUAGCAUGAUGUCCUGGAGGUGUUGAGGAGUCCACUUUGCAGAGUGCUAAUUCUACAUGAAAUUAAAAGAAAAUGUGUCACCACAUUUGUUUUUUUUCCAUAUCUGCAAAGGUAUCAGCUUCUGUCAACCCAGGGUUUUACUGAACCGUGUUAGCUAGUAUUUUGAAGGAACACAUAUACAAAUUCUCCAUUUUUUAUAUGUGCAGCAAUUAUUUCUUGUUCAUAAUAUUUUUUUCUACAAUCUCUUUUUCCUGUGUCCAGGGCCUCAGUUCUUCAAAUGCCCACAUAUUUGUACUGAAGUGAAUAAAAAUAAGAAUCUUCAGUAUUAGGACCUAGAAGUGUAAAUAGCACCUGGCAUCGGAACUUUUAGUAUCAGUAAUUAACUGUAGUAAUUAAUUCUUAGAGUGAUGCCAACAAAUGUUUCAAGGAAGGGGCACGUGUCAUCUGUAAAUUAGCAGGUAAGGCUGCACGAAGGUAGAAAUACUGGUAUUCCAACAACAAAAUGUAAGCUCAGAUCCAAGUUAAACACAUACUUGUGUUUAACCUCACGUGCAGAGUUUGUUGUCUCUCCAUGUUUCUAGAGUGAGGGACAGCUUUAUAUGCCCUUCUGACAUUAGGCCUUGACAAGAGCAGAAACUCUUUCAGCUUGCUUUGAAAUAUGCACUUUGUAAGACAAUCCAUCUUGUUCAGAUUUUAUGCAAAUUAUCUUGUAUUUAGAAGACCAGAUAACUUCAGAUAGUUCUCUUUUUUUUUUUUUUCCCUUUGCAUUGCAAAGGGCAAGUGAGAAAGAAGACAAGUUUGGCUGUACAUUUCCACUUGUGAAAUCAUUGCUUAGGUUUGUAAAAGGUGUCUGUUUUCCAUUGAGCUCAGAGGAACUUGAGCACAUCAGAAACAAAAUACAUGACCAGCAGGUUACGUUACAUAAUUUUCUGUAAUUCCAUCUAUAUCCCCUGUAUGCUCAACACUCCUCCAGGCAACUGGAGGCAUAGGAGCUCUGAGUAUGCAAGGAAGUAAGUCAGUUUACCUAAAAACUUUAGGAAUACUGUGCUUUAAAGCCACAAUGUUGUCUAUGUGUAAUUUUUAGUGUUAAAAGAAAAUAGAAAGUAGCCUUAUUAACAAGCUGCAAUACUUACAAAGGGCUAAAUUAUGGAAACAAGUGGUGUGUGUUUGUACAUCACAGCAAAAUGUGCACUCUUUUAAAGCUGACUUUUAUAGCACUAGGAUCUUAUUACCUCUCUGAAAUAAUAAUGUUGGUAUAAUUUUAUAACCGUUUAUUAUACAUUAUGAAACAGGAUUUGGGAUUUUCUAUGAACCAGAAGGAGGAGAGAGGGAAUUGUAAAUUACAUAGAAUAUAUCAAAUACUGGUUGUUUUACGUGGCAGAAGUAACCUAAAACACCUUUACCAAGCCAUACAAAUUCUGGAUUACUGAAAGAAAAAAAUACAUUGUCCUUGAUUACACAGAUAGCUUAGUUGGAAAUUUCCCAUGAUGUCAUGAAAAUUCCUACUUCAGUGUUCAGUGUUUGCUUUGUCUCUUGCAUUGUAUUGUUGGGUUUUGUUUGUGUUCUGAUUGUGAAGACAUUCCUAGAUUACCAGUACUUGGCUUGAAAUAGUAUUAUUUUGAAAAUAACUUUUAAAAUGGAGAGAUUUCUUCAUCAUACUGCACAGUCCAAAGGAGAUAAGCUACAUGAUCAGCUCCUCCUUUUAUCAAGAGAUCAUGCAAGCAGAAGGUUAUAUAGGAAAACAUUACAUUGAGGGUUUAUUGUUCAGUUAUGAAAAGGGUGUGAACAAUCAAACUAAAAGCUCUGCUCAUGUAUUUCUUCUCUUCAUCUGCACUGUGGGGUCAGCAGAACACAGGUUGCCAAGUAUGGUGUAUCUAUUUUUAUACUUCUUUUUUUUUUCCUCUUAAAUAAUGACACCCAUCAUUUUCCCAUCUCUCUUACUGGUAUUGUUUUAUGCUCAAAGGCAGAAAUAAUCACAUCUGUUGAAUAGAAGGCUGUUGGGUUGUUUCCUCUAGCUGACCUCUAGCAGAGGGCCAAAGGACAAACUCAAAUUUAGCAAGAUUAAGUAAAAAGAGGCUGGAGCCAGUCAGGUAAGACCUGAAACAAAUUGCUUACCAUUGGAUCCCAGCAGGAGGAAACUAGUUUUAAGGAGUCAGUUACACAAGUUUUUUUCUGUUUUGUUUUUCUAUUACAAGCUUGAUAAAAAGCCUUGUCACACAAUGAAGAGCAAAAUGCAGGUAGGAUGGUAACUAACUGAGCCCUUGAAGCACUGCAGGUUUUCUCAGGAGAGUUGCCAUUAUUCCCAUGAAUAUGUGCUCUGACUAGGACUGCUCACACAGGUAGCAGUUGUUGAGUGAAGGCACUUGGAUUUUCCUCUGUGUGACUGUUUCCACUGUAAUUGGGAGUGUGAAAUUGUGAAGCUUCUGUUCUGAGUGCUUGAGAAGAUAAUUUUGCAGUUUGGCUUUGUGAGAGGGCUGGGUAUGUACCUAGUCACAUAUGCAGGGCUCCUGGAAGAUGUUGGCUCAGUUUCUUUUAAUACUGAGGUGGCAGUACCUUGGAUGUGUCACUUAGUGACAGAUGCAAGAGCUGUUAAGCCCGGUGAGAAGGAGGUUUCUCAGAAUGGGAAGUGCUGCAUUUGUUGUGUAAAAACCAGGGUAUACUUCUUACCCAGAGAUGGCAGCAACGAGGAAGGAUCCUCGGCGGCUUUGCAAGGGCAGUUUUUCAGCCUCUCUCUAUCAUGGCAUCAGCACAGUAGUGCUGAUGGGAGUGCUGGGGAGGAGGUAAAGGCUCAUGAGGCAACUGAAGGAAGGUAACUCUCAGCUUCAGUUGCACUAGGAUCUUUAAACUCUGUGAAGAAAGCAACUAUGUUUUCUUAUCAUCUGCUGGUCAUAUUAUUUCAUACAAGAAAAAUAUUUCCAUCAUAGAAGAGGGCGAAUUCAGCACAAGUUAAGCAGCUGUAGGAAAACAAAAGCCCAAUUGCCCAGUUUUUACAAAUACGGAUUUCUAAUGUAUUCUCCUUGCACAAGACUGCAGUUAGGUCCGUGCAUCCUUUUGUCUCCCUUCAGUCACAAAAGGGAAAUAUCUGCCCACCUAUAUUGUUCUUCCUUUGUUUCCAAUAAAGUAUUGUUUUGGAGAAUAUAAAGUAAAUUUAAGUUAUUUUUUAAAAAAACAUUUUAAUAUUUUUUUUUAGAACCAGGGCAUUUCCUUUUUCACUCAGUGUAAAAUGACUGAGCUUUAAUUUGCUCUGCAUUGCACUUUAUGUCUUUUUUCACUUGUUGGGCCAUGUAUUUUUGAUAUACAAAAUGAUAAAAGCUUUGUUAAUCCAAUUUGACUAGAAAUUAAACAUGAAAUAUGAUGUUUUUAUAAAAAUGCAAGUUCCGUAAAAUACAGCUAAUAAAUUAUUAGGUCAGAGACAUUUUUAAUGACACCUUGAGAUACAUCAGAGCUUCUGAAAUUAUUUAACAUUUGGUAAAUUCAGUACAUGAAUGGAUAUUAUGGUUUUACAUUGAAUAUGGAGAAGCAGGAGGCAAAGUUCUAGACACUGGAUUUGCUUAUCUGCAAAACCUGCAUUAGUUUAAUUGAUAUGGGUCUUAAGAAAGUUAGCUUAAUCUAGUUUAAAGAAGUAUAAAACUAUUAACAAGCUGGGUUAAAAUGAAAAGAGCUCACAGAAAAGUUUAAAUAAAUGUAACUUAAUUGCCAAGUAGAUACAUUUUCUCUACACUAACGCAGUGCUGUGUAGUGGGCAGUCUGAGAAACCCCUUGUCUCUGGAGGGGCUGAACUCAUGCAGGUAUAAGACACCACCAAAAGCCAUAUGGGACUAUGUCUUUUCCUGCUUUAAACAGCAGCUCUCCAAACUCUUCUUACAGACCCACUUCCAGGCUGACAAUGGUAUUGCCAUUGGUUUUUUCCUGCUUUCAUCUCCUCUAAUUUUGGGAACUAGUGUCCUAAAGACAAUACUCUUGUUCCUAAAUGAGUUAACAAAGAAUUCAUCUUCCCUCUGGUUUUGGUGUUAAACUUACAGCCCUAAUACUAUUGUGUGGAGUUUAGCUUAAGAAUUUUUAAAUGCUAGUUUCAAUGCUUUAAAGAACAGCUACCCUACCCCAGCACAGAAUCCCUUCAAAUCUUGUGGAGCAUAUUGAAAAAUAAAGACCUUUUUUACUUUUACUUUGUCUAACUCUUUAUUCCAAAUCACAUCUAGAAAAAGUGAAACUCUGCAGUGACUGGAAAAGAAAGCACAGAGCAGUAAAGAGAGGAGAGAGCCAGAUGGUGAAGCUAUUGCUUUCUUCCCAGUGUGACUUCUUCCUGGGCUUCCCUCUUUCAGGCUGAUGGGCUCAUGUCUGCAUAAACCAUGCACAGCUCUGAAUUCUUUGACACCAUGGCAGGAAAUCCCUAUGGAAGUGCUUUGUCAACCAUCUCCCAGAGUCCCCCUUUCCUCUUAAGAGACUUCCUGCUUUUUCUAUUCUACAUCCAUAGGUAAAAGUAAAAGCUAACUGCUGCUCCAAUAGCCUGAGUACAGUCUCACCUGGAGUUGCAAAUGUAUCAUCUUGCCAUUUUUAAUCGAGCUUCAGAUUUCUCUACAAAAGAUUUGCAGGAUCCAGGUAUUCCUGUGUGCUGUGAAGCUAUUGUGUCCUUUCAGGGGCUAACAGGAGGCCCUGGAGCUCAGCAAGUGCACUCACUGCCAGUGGCAUGCAAGCUGUGUGCUUGUUGUUGGCGAGCACCAUGAUACUUGUGCUGAAGAGAAAGCAAAGACAUGUUACCUGUACAUCCUAGCACAGAGAUGCACGAGUGCUGUACAGCACUGCUCAGGUCUUGCAGUUGUGAAAAGAUAAAGUUUAAAACCUCUGCACUAAGCACAGUGUCUCUGAAAACUCAAUUUGUGUUUGGCUGAGGAGCAAGAGCAGUGACGGGCCUCCUGCAAGGUGGUGGUCUGUCAGGCAGCACCGUGACAGUUCUGUUGCCUGACUGGUUUCUGUAUUUUUACAUAUGUUUGAAGGAAAGCUUAAAAGAGAAGACUUCUGCGUGUAGACGAUACUCCUUAGCAAUCUGAUUUCAUUCCGCCCUCUGGGGGCAGCCUGUGGGCCAGCACAGCACGUUUAGACAUGUUACUUCCACUGCCAGUGUCUUGCACGUAGCAAAACACUGUUUCUUGUUAGAAGCAGCAGGUUUUUUUCUUUUCUUUUCUUUGUCUUAAGAUUAAAAAAAAAUGACAGAACAACAAAAUGCCACCGUUGUUAAACUCUCACUGUCUCCCUGUAGCACCGGCAGCUGGGGAGAACUCCAGAAUUCAGAGGACCUUGGCCAUAACUUAUCAAAAGGCCUCUGCAAUCUAUUGCCAUUGCAAAUAUUUUAGUGGUGUUAUCAAAAACUUACAGACUUGGGCUCUCCAAAAUUCCUCUAGGGGUUUUGCUAUUACUUUAUAUGAAAAAAGUAUUAAAAUCCCUGUUCUGCCUCUGAGUUGAUUCUGCCUGCUGAACCAAGAGCACUUCCAAUAAACAUCAGCUAUGGAGGGAGUCAUUCUCAGCACAAGUCAUCUCCAAACAUUUCCCAUCUUUUAAUUAAAUUUUAAAAAUUUAUUAAAUCAGCAUGUAUACUUUAAUGCCUCAAAGUCUAUGACAAGAAUUGAGUUAAAAUACUAAGAAGUUUGUGCUUGCACUUGAAACUUUAAAGGCAGACUCCUGAAUUCCUAAUUUGAUAAGCACCAGAUCCUGAGUUUUUUUAAUGUACUAAGCCAGCUGUGGACAGAGUAACUUUUUCUAAAAAUUGAGGUGUGUUUUCUCAAGUUAUUCAAGUAAUUCAGGUAAUGAAUAGGUUUUUUUCCAGUCACUGGGUUUUAGAAUGAGCAAAUCUCAUCCUCUUGCACUUCUAAUAUUCAUUGUUUGUAUCAAAUAAAAUAUUUUCUGUGUUUCCAUUU